GAGGAGAGAGAGUCAAGAAGAAGGGGGAACUUCAUUUCCCAAAUAAGAGAGAAAGCAACUUUUGUGUCUUGAAACUUCAAUAAUACAUUAAUAUAAAAUUUAAAUAAUCGAGCAAGUUCACACACAAUCCCUAUAUAGGGAAGUUUAUAUAUAUAUAUAUAUAUAUAUAAAUUCACAGCACUCGCAUAUAUUCCAAUCGAUACAAAAACAGGAGAGAGAAACAUCACCUGUAUUUGUGUAUUCUAGAGAGAGAGAGAGAGAACUGGGAGGAGAUGCAGAGGAUGGUGGUGGAAGAAGAAGAUGAGGGAGAAGAAGCGAGGAAAUCGAGCUCAAAAUUAGGGCCCUACGAUUGGUUGACGAAUUUCCACAGGGAUCUGAUUGCCGGUGCGGUGAUGGGCGGCUUGGUGCACACGAUUGUGGCUCCAAUCGAGAGGUCAAAGCUCCUAUUGCAGACCCAGGAGAGCAACAUAGCAAUCGUCUCGGGUCCUCACAGGAGGUUCAAGGGGAUGGUGGAUUGCAUAGUCCGUACGGUCAGAGAAGAAGGCAUUCUCUCUCUAUGGAGAGGCAAUGGUAGCAGUGUUCUUCGCUAUUACCCUUCAGUCGCCCUCAAUUUUUCACUCAAGGAUCUCUAUCGAAACAUCUUACGUAGCGGCAACUCUCAAGAGAAUCAUUUUCUAUCUGGUGCGCCUGCCAACUUCAUUGCCGGGGCUGCCGCUGGUUGCACGACACUGAUCAUCAUCUACCCACUCGACAUUGCACAUACCCGCCUUGCUGCCGACCUCGGAAGGCCCAGCACUCGUCAGUUUCGAGGCAUCUAUCAUUUCCUAACCACUAUACGCAACAGAGAAGGUUUUCAAGGAAUUUACAGAGGUCUUACCGCCUCUCUUCAUGGGAUGGUCGUUCACAGAGGCCUUUACUUUGGAGGCUUUGACACCAUUAAAGAGAUGAUGUCAGAAGAAUCUAAACCAGAAGCAGCAUUAUGGAAGCGGUGGGUGGCGGCUCAGGCGGUCACGACAUCUGCCGGAUUGCUGUCGUAUCCGCUGGACACAGUUCGGAGGCGAAUGAUGAUGCAAUCUGGGUUAGAACAGCCUAUGUAUAGGAGCACCAUGGACUGCUGGAGGAAGAUUUAUCGGACGGAGGGUGUGGCCUCUUUUUACCGUGGAGCAGUUUCAAAUGUGUUUAGGAGUACAGGUGCUGCUGCCAUAUUGGUUUUGUACGAUGAGGUGAAGAAGUUCAUGAAUUGGGGUGGAUUGUAGCCAAAAAAAAUUAUUUUUUGUCAGCCUCUUCAUCUUAAAGGGUUUUAGAGUAGGAUAGAGCAACUACAGAACAGAGCAACAGAAAUAUUGUUGCAGCAACAAAUGGAGUUCUUGAUACAGUCGAUGUUUUGUGAUAUAUAGCAGAUGAGGCACAUUUGCCAUGUAGUUUUGUUUUUGUUUUAGGUUCUGUGACCAUUACAUUACACCGUUGAUUUUUUGGUUAAUAAUAAAAGAAAGAGAAACUAGUUGGAAUUUGUUGGA